AUGGAGAAAAAGCUUUCUUGCAUUUUGCUGUAUGCAUUCCUAAUCACCAUAACCUUCCAAAUGCUUUCUUCUGAAGCCAAAGCCAAACAACCUCUGAGCCUUGCAACUGAUCAAACUGCCCUUCUUUCACUCAAACAUACAUCUCUUUUACUUGCAAGUAAUUGGACCAACUCCACCUCCGUCUGCACCUGGAUUGGCGUCACUUGCAGCUUCCGCCACCACAGAGUAGCUGCCUUGAAUCUCUCCAACAUGGCUCUCUCCGCCACCAUUCCUCCACAGCUCGGACGCCUCUCCUUCCUCGUCUCCCUCGACCUCACCAACAACCUUUUCUAUGGAGAUUUGCCACACCAACUGUCUCUCCUUCGCCGUUUGAAGUUCAUAUCUUUCCAACUCAACAACUUCACCGGAGACAUCCCUCCGAUGUUGGGUCAGUUACCAAAAUUAGAGUACUUGUCUUUACGCAACAACAGCUUCAUAGGUUCCAUCCCAAAAUCUCUCUCAAACCUCACAAACCUACAAUUUCUUUCCUUAUCUUCCAAUUCUCUAAGUGGAGAAAUUCCAAAAGAGUUUGGGAGACUUCAAAGUCUACAAAAUCUGUAUGUUGAAUAUAAUCAUCUCUCGGGUGCUAUACCAUCAGCCAUAUUCAACAUAUCAACCCUUGUAGCUAUAGCUUUAUCAUGCAAUGAAUUGAGUGGAAGUCUUCCAACAGACAUUUGCACUGAGUGGCACGAUUCCAACAAAUCUAUCCCAAUGUUCAGGGCUUGA